CUGAGAUACGGACAGCUCGUGUAUCGAAUAGAAGCGCAUAAGCAGCAGUUGAUGAGUUGAAUGUUGAAUGUCGAAGCACAAUCACAUCCUCAUUCUCUUCUCUUCUCCAAGGUUGUUCGCACGUCAUCUUCCAUUCUUCCUCUCCUCUCUCACUACACUACAAAAGCGCCCUCUCCCGUUCCCAUUUCCUCCGGUUUCCUACCCCACGCGUUCUCCGCCCCCCUCCAUUUUACACAGGCAAAAUCAAGAAAUUUUUUUCCGGAGCUGUGGUGAAUGGCGGUGGAAUACGCAUGUUGCGAGCUGCAAUUUUUCAUUCACAUUGCGGUGAUUGUGUUUCUGGUGCUGUUUGCGGGCCUCAUGUCCGGCCUCACUUUGGGCCUCAUGUCUCUCAGCCUCGUCGAUCUCGAAGUUCUCGCCAAGUCUGGAACUCCAAAGGAUAAAAUAUACGCCGUGAAGAUACUUCCAGUUGUCAAAAACCAGCAUUUAUUGCUCUGCACUUUGCUUAUUUGCAAUGCCGCUGCUAUGGAGACGCUUCCUAUUUUCCUCGACGGCAUCGUUUCGGCUUGGGUUGCGAUUCUCGUAUCCGUCACUCUGAUACUUCUGUUUGGUGAGAUAAUUCCCCAAUCUGUUUGCACUAGGCAUGGACUUGCUAUUGGGGCAACUGUUGCCCCGGCUGUUCACGUUCUUGUUUGGAUUUGUUUUCCUCUUGCAUAUCCCAUAAGCAAGUUGUUGGAUUUCUUGCUUGGUGAUGGCCAUAGAGCUUUGUUUCGACGCGCUGAGUUGAAAACACUUGUUAAUUUUCACGGCAAUGAGGCUGGUAAAGGUGGAGAACUCACGCAUGAUGAGACAACAAUCAUUGCUGGGGCGCUUGAGCUCAGUGACAAAACUGCAAGUGAUGCCAUGACCCCUAUAUCGGAAAUCUUUUCGAUCGACAUAAAUGCCAAGCUUGAUAGGUCUGUGAUGAAUAUGAUUUUGGAGAAAGGACAUAGUCGAGUUCCCGUCUAUUAUGAGCAACCUACAAAUAUCAUUGGGCUUGUUCUGGUUAAAAAUUUGUUGACCAUUCAUCCAGAAGAUACAGUACCAGUAAAGAGUGUCACAAUUCGCAGAAUCCCAAGGGUUGCAGAAAGCUUGCCACUAUACGACAUCUUGAAUGAAUUCCAGAAGGGUCACAGUCAUAUGGCUGUAGUCAUAAAGCAGUAUACCAAUACAAUUGACAAGCCUGCUAGCCAAGCGCCGCUGGAUAAUCCAACCAAGGAUGUGAAGAUAGACGUGGAUGGUGAAAAGACUCUGAAGACAAAGAGACCACUACAGAAAUGGAAGAGUUUUCCAAAUAAUGGAAGUGAAUCUUUCAAAAACACAGCUAGGAGCAAGAAAUGGACCAAAAAUAUGUAUUCGGACAUUCUGCAAAUAGAUGGAAAUCCACUGCCAAAGGUCCCCGAAGAAGAAGAGGCAGUAGGGAUUAUUACCAUGGAAGAUGUCAUAGAAGAGCUUCUGCAGGAAGAGAUAUUUGAUGAAACGGAUCACCAUGUCGAUGAGUCAUGACCAUAUAUAUAGCAUGUUCUUAUGCGAGAGAGAGAGAAAUAUAUAGUAUAGAUACUAUGUUGAAAUUGUUGGUAUGUACAAGUUUUGGUUGGAUAUAUGCAAAAAUAUUGGAUAGGGAAGUCAUGUUUCUUAUUCUUAUCGCUUAGAAUGCGUAUUGCUUAAGAGAUUGAAACAAUAUUCAUUGAUUCAUGAAAAUCCAAGUUAUGUUUAAACAA